AUGGUCAUAGUGAUUCAGUCUCAUCAGUAUGCUUCUCACCAGAUGGAUCAACAUUAGCUUCUGGUAGUCAUGAUUAAUCAAUCUGUUUAUGGGAUGUCAAAACAGGAUAACGAAAAGCCAAUUUAAAUGGUCAUUGGGCUACUGUCUCAUCAGUUAGCUUCUCACUAGAUGGAACUACUUUAGCAUCUGGUAGUCUUGAUAAUUCUAUAUGUUUAUGGGAUGUUAAGACAGGAUAACAAAAAGCCAAAUUAAAUAGUCAUAGCGAUUCUGUCGCAACAGCAAGCUUCUGUCCAGAUGGAGCUAUUUUAGCAUCUGGUAGUUUUGAUUAGUCUAUCCGUUUAUGGGAUUUUAAGACAGCAUUAUAAAAAGCUUAAUUAGAUGGUCACAGGGAUUCUGUCUCAUCCGUAUGCUUCUCACCAGAUGGAACAACUUUAGCUUCUGGUAGUUAUGAUAAGUCUAUCUGUUUAUGGGAUGUCAAAACAGGAUAAUAACUAGCAAAAUUAGAUGGUCAUACUAGCGCUGUCUAUUCAGUAUGCUUCUCGCCAAAUGGAAUAAAUAUAGCUUCUGGUAGUGAGGAUUAUUCUAUCCGUUUAUGGAAUGUCAAGACUGGGUAAUAAAAAGCUUAAUUUUAUGGUCAUAGUGAUUCAGUCUCAUCAGUAUGCUUCUCGCCAGAUGGAACAACUUUAGCUUCUGGCAGUGGAGAUAAGUCAAUCCGUUUAUGGAAUGUGAAGACUGGGUAAUAAAAAGCUUAAUUUUAUGGUCAUAGUGAUUCAGUCUCAUCAGUAUGCUUCUCACCAGAUGGAUCAACAUUAGCUUCUGGUAGUCAUGAUUAGUCUAUCCGUUUAUGGGACUUUAAGACAAGAAAAUAACUAGCAAAAUUAGGUGGUCAUACUAGUUAUGUCUAUUCAGUAUGCUUCUCACCAGAUAGAACAACUUUAGCUUCUGGUAGUGAUGAUUAGUCUAUCCGUUUAUGGAAUGUGAAGACAGGAUAAUAAAAAGCUUAAUUAUAUGGUCACUUUUAUUGUAUCAAGUCUUUAAGUUUUUCACCUGAUGGAACUACAUUAGCAUCUAGCGGUUUGGAUGAUUCUAUCCGUUUAUGGGAUGUUAAAACAGGAUAAUAAAAAGCUUAAUUAGACGGUCACUUUAAUUGUAUCAAGUCAUUAAGUUUUUCACCUGAUGGAACUUCUUUAGCAUUAGACAACUCUGUCCGUUUAUGGGAUUUUAAGACAGGAUAAUAAAGAGCCAAGUUAGAUGGUCAUAGUGAUUCUGUCUGGUCCGUAUGCUUCUCACAAGACGGAAAAACUUUAGCUUCUGGUAGCGAAGAUAAGUCUAUUUGUUUAUGGGAUGUUAAAACAGGAAAUUAAAAAGCCUAAUUAAAUGGUCAUGAUCAUUAUGUCUAUUCAGUAUGCUUUUCACCAGAUGGAACAACAUUAGCUUCUGGCAGUGGAGAUAAGUCUAUCCGAUUAUGGGAUGUUUAAACAGGUUUAUAAAAAGCUAAAUUAAAUGGUCAUAGUAAUUAUGUCCGAUCAGUAUGCUUUUCACCAGUUGGAACAACUUUAGCUUCUGGUAGUUAUGAUAAAACUAUCCGUUUAUGGGAUGCUAAGACAGGAUAAUAAAAAGUCAAAUUAGAUGGUCAUGAUCACUAUGUCUACUCAGUAAGCUUCUCACCAGAUGGAACUACUUUAGCAUCUGGUAGUUAUGAUAAAUCUAUCCGUUUAUGGAAUAUUUAGACAGGAUAAUAAAAAGCCAAAUUAGAUGGUCAUAGUUAUGGUGUCUCAUCAGUUAGCUUCUCUCCUGAUGGAACUACUUUAGCAUCUGGUAGCUAUGAUAAUACAAUCCGUUUAUGGGAUGUUAAGACAGCAUUAUAAAAAGCCAAACUGGAUGGUCAUAGUAAAUGUAACUCAGUUUGCUUCUCCCCUGAUGGAACUACUUAAGCAUCUGGUUGUGAUGAUAAGUCUAUCCGUUUAUGGGAUUUUUAAAGUGGAUAUUAAAUUUAACCUUCGGAUAAAAAUUACAAAGAUAUUCUUGCAUAAUUCAAAAU